AUGGCCUCCAGACCGACUGUCACCGUUAUCGGCGCCGAUGGCAAGGCCACCGGUGCCACCGAGGUCCUCCCCAAGGUCUUCAGCGCCCCGAUCCGCCCUGAUAUCGUCAAGCACGUCCACACUGGCAUGGCCAAGAACAAGAGGCAGCCGUACUCCGUCAGCGAGAAGGCCGGCCACCAGACCUCGGCCGAGUCGUGGGGCACUGGUCGUGCCGUCGCCCGUAUUCCCCGUGUCUCUGGUGGUGGUACCCACCGUGCUGGCCAGGCCGCCUUCGGUAACAUGUGCCGCUCCGGUCGCAUGUUCGCGCCUACCAAGGUCUGGCGCAAGUGGCACGUCAAGGUCAACCAGGGUCAGAAGCGUUUCGCUACGGCCUCGGCACUCGCCGCCUCGGCUGUCGCUCCUCUCCUGAUGGCCCGUGGCCACCAGGUUGCCACGGUCCCCGAGGUUCCUCUGGUCGUCGACUCGAACGCUGUCGCCGGCGAGGCGCUCGCCAAGACCUCUGCUGCCCUUGGUCUCCUCAAGGCUGUUGGUGCUGGUGCGGAUGUUGAGAAGGUCAAGAAGUCCAAGAAGCUCCGCGCGGGCAAGGGCAAGAUGAGGGGCCGCCGGCACCGCCAGCGCCGUGGUCCUCUUAUUGUUUACAGCGCCGAGACGGACGGCAAGGAACUUGUCAAGGGCUUCCGCAACAUCCCCGGCGUCGAGACAUGCCCCGUCGAUGCGCUCAACCUCCUCCAGCUCGCCCCUGGCGGUCACCUCGGCCGGUUCAUCAUCUGGACAUCGGCCGCUAUCAAGCAGCUCGACUCGGUCUACGAGAGCAAGAAGGGCUUCUUCCUCCCGUCCAACGUCGUCUCGCAAGCCGACCUUGGCCGUCUCAUCAACAGCUCCGAAAUUCAGAGCGUCCUCCGGGCGCCCAAGGGCGAGGCGCGCACCAAGCGUGGCGCGGUCCAGAAGAAGAACCCGCUCCGGAACAAGCAGGUUCUGCUCCGUCUCAACCCGUACGCGUCCACAUUCGCCAAGGAGAAGCUGGGUGAGAUCAAGGCUGAGGGCAAGCCGCAGCGGGUACCGGGUGGCUUUAAGGAGCUGCUGCACGAGGUUUAA